AUGGAGCCUGACUCACUUAGACUUCUGAUAUGGAGCCUUUUCUCCGUGUUUGGCUUCCUGAUUUUCAUCUUUCUACUUAGAAAUCUCACAAAAUCAAAACACGGGUCUUCUCCUCCCUUAUCUACUAAACCUACAUCUUGUAUUACAAGGGAUCUCAACGUCGAAUCAUUACGGUCCGCCACCGAUGAUUUUAGUACGUUGAGCUUGAUCAAGAUCGGCCACUCAGGUGAAUUCUUCGCUGGCUUUUUAAACAACGGAACGGAUAAGAUCGUCGUUAAGAAGGGUGUUGUAGAGGAUCUGAAGAGAGAACUUGAGCUGUACAUCUCCCUCAGUGAUGCUACAUGCUUCGUACCGUUGAUUGGUUAUUGUGGUGAAGAUAAAGAGAAGCUUUUUUUGGUUUAUGAAUUCAUGGAGGGUGGAGAUCUUGCAACGGUCCUCACAUCCAAAGAUCGGCCGCUUCCGUGGAUCGUAAGGCUGAAAAUCGCCGUUGAGGUGGCCGAUGCAUUGCUCUUUCUCCAUUGCACUUGCAGUCCUCCUGUCCUUCACAAUGAUGUGCAGAGUAGCAGCAUCUUGAUGGGCCCGAACCAAGAAGCGCGGCUCGGGAGCCUAAGCCGAGCCACACGUGUGGAACACGAAGAGCUACUGAGUCACGACGUGUGGUGCUACGGAAAGCUACUGAUGGACCUGAUCUCGGGCCUAAAUGUGAGCAGUGGAGAUGAUCCAUAUUCCCAAAGAUGGUUACAGAAGGUAAUGGCUUGUCCGGACCGAGCCAGCUUGAUCGGCUUGAUGGACCCAACCCUCAUCAUGGAAGAAGAUCUAGCUGAAGAGAUCAUCGGAGUAGUGACCAUCGCUAAGGCUUGUAUGAGUCAAUCGAGCUGGAUCACGAUGAAGUUGGUGCGACAGGCCAUAGGCCAUCCAGCCCGUAUAGCUGAUCAGGGUUGUGGGUCCCAGCUUGGAUCCUCUGAUCUUAGCCACCCAACCCUCAUCAGGAUGAAUGGUUAUGAUAUAGAAAGCAACAUACAUUAACAUUAUACAGGAAUGCUAGAUAAAGUGUGCACAAAAUCUGGCCUUUGAUCAUUUUAUUUGGUGGUGAUUCGGGUAUGAUACAGCGUGCCACACGUGCCCAUGCGGCACAUGUGUGAGAGAUUAAAGUCGACCAUCAACCACGUGCAGUGCCCUUGCCCAGAAACCAGGUGGGUCCACUCAUCAGAUGGGUAACAAAUUAAUGUGUUUCGAAUGUGGAUACACAGCAAUUAUUUAUAACAAUCCAUUUGUUUUUUUUACAAAAGUGUGGCCCAGAUGAAGAGUGGACCGCCCCACCUUUUUUGCCAGGGGAAAAUCCAACAUGGAACGUGCAUGAUGAACGGCCUGGAUCUCAUUCUUGUCUGCCAUGUUGACGCAUUUCAACCGUUUUUAAUUACAUUCUCUUGUUUAUCAGCAUCAUUUGUGAUUUUUUUUGGGGAUUGGUAGAAAGAUAGGGAGGAUUAACUGCAGAGCUCUGUAAAUGGGUCAGGCUGGCCAGUCAGACUUUUAGGCCAAGCCCAAUUUUGGCUGGAAUACUCGGCAGGGGGUCAAGCCCAGGUUGAUAUUUGAAGCCCAUUUAUUAAUCAUGCCGCGCUCAGGCUAUUCUAAGAGCCCAUCAGUCAGGCCCACGUAGGCU